AUGAUGGUCCAGUCGCGUGCAGCGAGUGGGCAGUUCGCGACAAAGAGCAGCAGGUCGGCGGCCGUCACCACCGCAGGAUCCCAUCAUGGCUCGCAUGGCCAGCACGCGAUCGGAGAAGAAGUUCGAGUGGCAUCACGACUCAACCACGUCAAUGCUAACCCGACCUUCUUCCAGCCGCAUGCCAAAGCACACAGCAGCGUGGCCACCCACCACCACGAGCGAGGAGAUGGCCCGCCGCCGAAGAGGAGGAAGCUGAGCAUCCGCACCACCAACACCAACACAAACACCUCCACCCACUCCGGCAAACACACCCAAACAACCCUCGACGCCUUCGCCUUCGCCCAGCCCAAGCCGCCGAACCAGCUGAUCCGACACGAGCCACGCGGUCAGAUUGCAGAGACGAUCAAUGGCGUCAAGAGCACACUGAAUGUCCGCGACGACGAGCUGUUGCCGCCAUCCCCUAGACCGGAGCUGCGCAGGACACGCUCCCCACAGCCUGCACCGCCCGCGACCAUAUCAACUCCAACACCACAGAAGCCCGUCAAGAAGGAUGAUAAGCGAACAUUGCGCUCGGCAGACGAUGGACCUAGGCUGAAGAGCGAGUUGGCAGUCUACUUCCCCAACUAUGAAGACAUCAUAUUCGAUGCUCCACAGGAGGAGGAGUUUCUCAAUGCUGAUACCACGCUGUAUGUGACGGACGAUACAGCCAAGCCUGAAACCGUCUCUCCAGCAAAGUCGAGCAACAAUGCUGCCAAUGGCCGGCGAGUGUCAGUCAACGGCACAGCUGGGACACCUUCCACUCCACAACGCAGUCUCUCCAACCAGUUCAAUGGCAGCUCCAGCGUGAAUCUCGACUUUGUGGCCAAGAACAUUCCCGAUGACCCCGAAGAUCCUCUCACCGACGAGCACUUCCUCAAGUCGCACAAGCGAGCAGAGCGGAAAGAGAAGCAGCUGCGGAACAUCGAGAAGGAGCGAGCUAUGCAUGAGAAAGUCCAGCUUGACAAAUUAUUAGAUGGUCUACGGGGACACGACUGGCUGCGAGUGCUGGGCAUCACUGGCGUCACAGAAAGCGAAGCCAGGAAGUACGAGAAGAAGCGUGACUACUUCAUAUCUGAGGUAGAGGCACUACUCGACAAGUUCAAGCAAUGGCGAGAUCAAGAAAAGAAGCAACGUGCAACCAAAGAAGCCGCCGUCGCAGCUCGUGAGGUCGAAGAGGAAGAAGGCGAUUCGACCGAGGGCAGUGUCGAACCACCGAGCAGCGACCUCAACGCUUCAGCCGCAAGACAGCUACAACAAGAGACCAUCAUAGCACUGAAGAAGUCUUCCUCGAUGGCCAGUCUGAAAAGCAAAGGCAAAGAACGAGGCGCCACUUCACAUCCAUCUCAGCCAGCGACACCCACGACGGCACCUCCACGUCUUGCGCCGCCUCCGCCACCUGCCGAGCCACCUUCACCCAUCACCAGCUUCUAUGCCAAGCGACAUCUUCGAGAUGCAGCUCUUAGCAAGACCAGGCAUGGACGUAGUAUUACAGCAUUUGGUCAUCCCGUGCCAGAGAUGCAGGAGAAGGACUUUGAGCUUCCUGACGAUUACGUUAGCGAAGACGUGCUCAGGGCGAAUGCACGAGAACGCAGAAGGCGGAAGCGGGAGAGUGCUAUCAAUGCCAAGGAGAAGGACGGGUCAUGA